AUGUUAUCCGGGUAUCUCAGUACAAAUGAAGUCCUUACAGCUCUGCAGACCCUAGGAUUUCUUGUGAACCAUCAAGAGCUGAGGAAAACAAUGAGAAAUUUGAGAAUGUCAAAAGAAGAGGGAUCACAAAAGGUUGAAAACUUCAUGGGUUACUUGACAGUAGGGAUAACCAUUGUGCUUCAGGCAAGGAGAGUAAGUUUCUCUGAUUUCCUUCAGAUUGUAAUGGAGCACCAGGGAGAUUCCAGAGACACUUAUGAGGAGAUUAAACUCGGAUUUAGACUCUUUGACUGCGAUGGUGAUGGAAAGAUUACUUUUGACAAUCUCAAAGAUGCUUGCAAAUCUGCAGGUGUCUACUUUUCACACCAGAAUUUGCAGGACCUGAGCAAGGAAGUGGACAUGAACGGUGAUGAGAAGUGA